AUGGGACGUCGUUACAACACAUCAGUCACACUGAUAUGCGAUGAAGGCAAUGGAACAAUAGUAUCUGUGACCAACAACAAAUGUCAUGUCUCAAUCAUCAUCACAUCACUCUAUGCAUGUGGUACAAGUAUUCCAGGUCCAAGUCUAUCACCAUUUAACUUGAUAGUAUUUUUUGGAUCAUUGUUUGGAACGAUAUUAUUGUUCUUGUUGGUGGCCGGAUUGAUUUAUGGUGCUGGUCGAUGCCUGAGAAGGUACGCUCGUAGACAUAGAUCAGAGUAUGCACCAAUUGCCGAUAUGCCACCAAUCAGUGCACCGCCAAUCAAUGUGUCGCACGAGUAUGUCGAUGGCAAACAACCAACAAGUUGCACGGUCUGUUGUGACAGAGCCGUAGACACAGUGCUGCUGGACUGUGGCCACUCGGUACUCUGUCAAGAGUGCACGAGCAAGAUCAAAACCUGUCCAAUGUGUAGAGCCGACAUCAAGAAGGUAGUCCUUAUCUAUCAUGUUUAA